UUAGUUUUCGAAGGCUGAGUGCUGUGGACUUUGAUUUUUUUUAAUUAACAAUUAUUUCAUCCCAAAGUUGCAAAUCAACCUGUAUAAUUAUUAACUAUGGCUGAAGAGGUACCCCAGGAGAAGGUGGAUGCCCUUCGAAAUGCGGUGCUACAACUUGUUGAUUCUGAAAAAGAGGAUUUUAUACAUCCUGCUGACUUAGAUAGAAUAAAAACAAACGAUUUCUGGUUAAAACGAUUCCUAAUUCAUCAUGAUUUGGAUCACAAACUAGCUUUCGAAAUGUUAACGGAUACUAUUAAAUGGAGAAAAAGUUUUGGGGUAAACGAAAUUAAUGAAAAUAACAUCAGAUUAGAGUAUAUUACAGAAGGAGCAAUUUUUCCAAGGGGACGUGACAUUGAGGGUCAUUUAGUUUUCAUAUUCUUUUGUAAAAAGCACAUAAAAGGUCAAAAAGAUUUGAAUGAAUUAAAGAGAUGUCUUGUUUAUUGGUUAGAAAGAUUGGAAAGGCAAGAAAAUGGUAAGGCGUUAACGAUUUUUUUUGAUCUGGAGGGUUGUGGCGUUUCAAAUAUGGAUUUGGAAUUCACAAAGUACUUGAUUGGUCUUUUUAAAAAUUAUUAUCCAUGGUUUUUGAACUACAUAAUAGUGUACGAAAUGGCUUGGAUAUUAAACGCUGUAUUUAAACUAAUUAAAUCUUGGCUGCCGCCAAAAGCAAUUGAACGAAUAAAAACUAUUAAAAAAGCAGAAGUUAGCAAUUGGAUUCCGUUAAACCAAGCAUUAAAACAAUGGGGUGGUGAGGAUGAUUAUACAUUCAGUUUCGUUUCCGAUUCCGUUGAAGAUACCAUUAAUAACAAUAGCGCGGUUAUAAAUAAAAAGGUCCACUUUGCCGAUGCUUCACCCAUGUCGGAUUCACCUGGUCCCGCUGGAGAUAGAGAAAACAAUGGACCCGAAGAAUCAACCAACAAAAUGCUUAGUAUCAAUCCUUCAAAUGUCAUUACAUUCACAAAAGAUGGAAAUGAAAUGGUUAGCAUUUUGGAACUGGAAAAUACCGAUCCUACUACCACAAUAUCCUUUAAGAUGAAAACAACAUCCCCUGAAAAAUUCAGGGUACGACCAAGCUCUGGAAUUUUACCACCCGGUAGCAAAGAAACUGUCAGUGUCACUUUACUUCAACCUUUUCAAGUGCGCAGUUUAUCCAGAGAUAAAUUCUUAUUAAUGAGUAUGCCUGUUAAAUCGGGAGAAAUGUCUCUAAGUGCAUUAUCAGAUUUAUGGAAGAACGCUUCUAGUAAAAAUAUAACCCAACAAAGAUUAAGAUGCGCACAACCAGACGAUGUCUCGAAAAAUGGAAGUGCAACAAUGGUGGGAAGUGGAGAAGUCGACGACAUUCGAUUGAAACAAUUAACAUCGAACGUAAACAAUUUAAUGGAUGCCCAAAGAAAACUGCAAAAAUCAUUAGAUCGUAGUCAAGUGCUUCAAAUAAUAACAAUCGCUUUAACGAUUUUGGUCGCAAUCUUUUUGGUGAUGUUCGUCCGUUGGGAAAUUCAGGAUGUAAACUCCAAUCAGUCUUGUUACAAGAUGAGGGGAUAUGAUAGCGACCCCUAACAAUAGCUGAUGCUGACAGGACCACAGAAAAAACAGCAAAAUCCGGAAGAGAAAUUCUGGCGGGAUUUGGUUUGGGAAUUAUUGUACAUUAUUGGUUAUGUAACCGAUACGUUUUUAGAUUAGCCGCCAGUUCAUUUUAAUCAUCUCUGAGGUCCUGCUUAUUGUCAGUUUAAGAAAACCGUCAAAUAAAUAAAUGUGGUGUUUAUUGGUCGUUAAGUUUUUCAUGUGUCGAGAUUUAUUUAAAUGGAAAAAAUAUUGAUUUAAAGUUUUUUUUUAUUGAUUUUCUAUUUUAUAUACAGUUGUUUUUAUUUUGACAGUGUCUUGACAGCUGUCAUUAAAUUAUAUAGUUAUCACAGCUGUCAAUAUAGUCUGCAUAUUAAUAUUUAAGAGAAAAAAAAUGUUUAAUUCUCUCUUCAGUUUUAAAUAAUUUAUAUUUAGUAAUAUACAUACACCUAAAUAAUACACAGGAUAAUAAAACCCAUAAUUUAUAAGUAGCGAAUAUUCUGUAUAUUAUUGUUAAAUAUGAUUAUAUCUAAAAAAAAAAACAAGAAAAGCUGUGAAACUACAUAAAUACGUUUAAAAUUAGUCUGAUGGUAAUCUGAUAAUCCUAUAAUAUGUACAGAAUGUAUUAAAAGUUAUUGGAUUCCUUUUGUACUUUAUUAACCAAUUCAAUCAUCAAUUUGAUCUUCGAAACCCAUUUUUAGAUAUUAAUAAUCUUACAAGCAUUACAAACUUUUAAUACCGGUUUCAUAUUUUCAUUCUUUACAUGAACUACAAAUACAUAAUUACUAAAUAUUCAAUGGAUAAUUAAAAAAUAACAGGCUCUAAUUGGGAGUAAACACUUUCUAUACAUAAAAUGAACUGCUACUAAAUAAAAAUUAAUUAAGUAGAGUGUAUGAACAAUAUUUACGGGAAAAAGAACUGAUAUUUGUAUUGGUACUCUAUUUACUGUAAAAUGAACAUCUUGUAAUCGUUAGUGUAUGAAUAGAUUAUUUGCUUGUUAA